AUGAAUGCGACGAGCUCAGUAUACUCAUGUCCUCAGCUGACUAGUUGGACAGUCACCAGCACCAGUCAGUCACCAGUACCAGGCAGUCACCAGCACCACUCAGUCACCAGUCAGUCACCAGCACCAGUCAGUCACCAGCACCAGGCAGUCACCAGUACCAAGCAGUCACCAGCACCACUCAGUCACCAGUCAGUCACCAGCACAGUCAGUCACCACCAGUCAGUCACCAGCACCACCAGUCACCAGUCAGUCACCAGCACCAGUCAGUCACCAGCACCAGGCAGUCACCAGUACCAAGCAGUCACCAGCACCACUCAGUCACCAGUCAGUCACCAGCACCAGUCAGUCACCAGCACCAGUCAGUCACCAGCACCAGCCAGUCACCAGCACCAUUCAGUCACAAUUCCUCACAAGACCACACCUCACCUGGGCCAGUUCCUCACGAGACCACACUUCACCUGGGCCACUUCUUCACAAGACCACACCUCACCUGGGCCAGUUCCUCACAAGACCACACCCACUGACCAGUUCUCACGAGACCACACUUCACCUGGGCCACUUCUUCACAAGACCACACUCACCUGGGCCCAGUCACCUCCAGUUCCUCACAAGACCACACCUCACCUGGGCCAGUUCCCACAGACCACACCUCACCUGGGCCAGUUCUUCACAGACCACACCUCACCUGGGCCAGUUCUCACAAGACCACACCUCACCUGGGCCAGUUCCCCACAGACCACACCUCACUGGGCCAGUUCUCCAAGACCACACCUCACUGGGCCAGUUCUACAAGACACACCUCCCUGGGCCAGUUCCUCACAGACCACACCUCACCUGGGCCAGUUCUUCACAAGACCACACCUCACCUGGGCCAGUUCUUCAAGACCACACUCACCUGGGCCAGUUCAGUCCCCAGUUCACAAGACCACACUCACCUGGGCCAGUUCUCACAAGACCACACCUCACCUGGGCCAGUUCUCACAAGACCACACCUCACCUGGGCCAGUUCUCACAGACCACACCUCACCUGGGCCAGUUCCUCACAAGACCACACCUCACCACCCUCACCUGGGCCAGUCUCACGAGACCACACCUCACCUGGGCCAGUUCUCACGAGACCACACUCACCUGGACCACCUCCUCGAGACCACACUCACCUCCAACCCUCAACACAACCCGCAACACCAAUUAUCACACCAACCUGCCCUCAACACCAGCCCCACAGCCCUCAACACCAUUGCAACCCUCAACACCAGCCCACAGCCCUCAACACCAGCCCACAUCAUCAACACCAGCCCAGCCCCUCAACACCAGCCCACAGCCCUCAACACCAGCCAACCCUCAACACCACCCACAGCCCUCAACACCAGCCCGCCCUCCAACACCAGCCCACAGCCCUCCCAACACCAGCCCACAGCCUCGCACAGCCCGGCCCCUCAACACCAGCCCACAGCCCUCAACACCAACCCCACAGCCCUCAACACAGCCCACAGCCCUCAACACCAGCCCACAGCCCUCCCAACACAGCCCACAGCCUCAACACCCAGCCUGCCCUCAGCACCAGCCCACAGCCUCACCACCAGCCACAGCCCUCCCAACACCAGCCCCAGCCCUCAACACCAGCCCACAGCCUCAACACAGCCACAGCCUCCUCCAGCACUCCCUCUGUUUUCCUCCACUCCUCUUGGCACGGGAGCCACAAUCAACGCUCUCCACAUAUUUGCUCUCAGUACACAAUCAGAUACUUUCUUCCUACACCUAAAAAAUCCUUGGGCCGCUCAAGACUGUGUUCCCAACUUCUUUUCAGGGUUCAUCUAUUUCUGA